AUGCGAGGACUGUACCAACACCUCAAGAGAUCAGUGGGCCUCAGCGGCAGACAAGCGGGGGGACAGCAGUUCGUCGCGGAUGAAAACGGCGUGUUGCUCUGGAACAGGGACGACAUCCUCCAGGGGUGGGCGAGAUUCUUCAGCACCCUACUCAACACCAAAUCCCCCACCCUGAACCCAGACAUCAUCGAACGAGUGACGCAGCGGCCAGCGACACGUGACACUCAACGGUUGGGAGAUGUGCCAGAACUCGAGGAGGUGGCACGGGCAACGAAAGGCCUCAAGAACUGGAAGGCACCCGGCCAUGACUCCCUCCCUGCCGAGUUGCUCAAGAUCGAUGACGACGAACCCUUCGUCCUGGGACACCUCCAUACCAUCCUUGUCAAGGUGUGGAACGGAGGAGAUAUUCCGCGAGAGUGGAAGGAUGCAACCAUCAAGGUGCUGUACAAGAAGGGUGACCGGUCCAACUGUAACAACUACAGGGGGAUUUCGCUACUAUCUCACGUAGGCAAGGUCCCCAUCAAGAUCAUCACCAACCGUCUAAGCGCCUUCUGCGAAGCCAACAACAUCCUCCCGGAGGAAUAUUGCGGAUUUCGACCCGGGCGAUCCACCGUCGACAUGCUGUUCGUCGUGCGCCGCCUCCAGGAGCUGGGGCGGAGAAAGAAAAUACCGCUCUACAUGUUCUUCGUCGACUUGAACAAGGCGUAUGAUUCGGUGGACCGAGAGAUGCUAUGGAAGGUGCUGGCCAUGGCCGGGAUUCCCGCGAAGUCAUCCGCCAAUUCCACGAUGGAAUGCGGGCCCGGGUGCGCAUGGACGACGGAGAACUAUCGGACUGGUUCUUCGUGACACAGGGCGUGCGACAAGGAUGUGUGCCAUCCCCACUGCUGUUCAACAUCUUCUUCGCCGAGGUCCUCGAGGUCGUUGUCAUCCGAUUCAGCGAGGAUGAUGUUGUUCUGGGGAGCCUGGUGUGCUUGGAGGAGGGGAAGACGGAAGCGGGGGGGGGGGAGGAGACACCCCUUGACCGAGUACGGAGGGCAGUAUGGGGGAUGUCGUAUGCCGAUGAUGCCGGCGUCGUAUCGAGGUCUGCAGAAGGACUGGCGAGAAUGAUGACCAUCAUCGUUGAGGUGUUCGGGGAGUUCGGGCUAACGGUGUCGGAGAAGAAGAUGGAGACGCUCCUGAUGCGCGCAAAGGACAAGCCGACUACAACAUCACAGCCCCCCCCGCCUCCACCACUGACCAUCGAAGCCGCGGGACAGAAAUACGCCCAGACGACCGAGUUCCGGUACCUCGGUGGCCUCGUCAACGAACAUGGCGACCUCACCCGGGAGAUCAACUACAGGAGCAGAGGAGCGUGGGCGUGCCUCAGGCGAUAUGGCCGGGAGCUCUUCGAAAGACCGCAAGCGCCAUUCCGACUCAAGAUCCGCCUG